UGCAAAUUGGAUGUAGUAAAAUGCUGGUGACAUUUAGCAGCAUCUUCUGCUGCUGUUUGUCCUUGAGCGUCAUAUCGCAUGCCUUCAUUUUGGAUAGCUUUCCCGAUUGUUCACUAGCCGAAAUUCGCCAACAUUGCAAUGAUAGAGCUGUUCAAUGCAAACGACUAAAUCAAUUAAGUGGCCGUAGAUACUAUUGUACAUGCGAACCUGGCUUUCAUGGAAAUAGUUGUGACCAAGGUUCAUCGCGUACCUCGACGUUGGCGCCAACAGCUGCAACACAAGCGGUCCAGACAACAACAACGAAAACCGACCCUCAAGUCAACCAGUUUUGCAACAAGUACUCAGUUGUAGUUGAUUUGUCACAUGGCCAGCCCGUAUCCAAUGGUUUUGCUCCAAAAUGCCCGUCCGGAUCGUUUGCUUCGACAGAAGCUUUUGUUUUAAACAAUUGCAAUGUAAGCCCCUGA